UUCUUCUUUAUUCUCUUCAAUGGACUGGACAAGGGGUCCUCCAAUCGGCCGCGGCUCCUCCGCCACGGUGUCUCUCGCCACCACCGGCGGCGGCGGAACCUUCGCCGUGAAGUCGACGGACGUCUACUCGGCGGCGCCGCUGCAGAGGGAGGAGUCUCUGCUUUCGCAGCUGUGCUGUCCGUACAUCGUGAAGUGCUUCGGCUCAGAUAUUUCGCGCGAAAAUGGGAAACACGUUUUUAAUGUAUUUUUGGAGUACGUUUCCGGCGGCACGCUUUUUGAUCUGAUUAAAAAGCGCGGCGGGCGUCUCGAAGAAAGCGCUAUUCGGUUCUACUUGCGGCGGUUGCUCUGCGGAUUGGAUUAUCUCCACCGGAAGGGAAUCGUGCACGGCGACGUCAAGCCGCAGAAUAUUCUCGUCGCCGGUGACGGCGGAUUGAGGAUCGCCGAUUUUGGGUGCUCGAGGUGGUUGGGACGCGGCGAUUCCGAUGCGCAGGCGUUAGCGGGGACGCCGGCGUACAUGGCGCCGGAAGUCGCGCGCAGCGAGGAGCAGGGGUUCGCGGCGGAUAUUUGGGCGUUAGGUUGCACGGUUAUUGAAAUGGCGACCGGAUCCAAUCCCUGGCCGGGGGUGAAGGAUCCGGCGGCGGUGCUCUACAGAGUCGGAUAUUCCGGCGACGUUCCGGAUAUUCCGAGCUGGUUGUCUGACGACGCCGGGGAUUUUCUCUCCAAGUGUUUGAUUCGUGAUUUCAAGGAACGGUGGACGGCCGGCGAACUUCUGCAGCAUCCGUUUUUGGAUUCUGUGGAGGAGAAUUGUGGUUGCGGGGAAUUAGUUGGGGAGAUUACGAGGAGAACUCCGACUAGCGUGGUGGAUGGAGGCUUCUGGAGUGAUUUGGAGGCGUCGGAUUCUUCUCGAGGUCCGCCGGAAAAUGAUAUCUCGCCGGCAGUGAGAAUUAGGGAAUUGAUCGGAGAUGGUAAUCUGCCGGAGUCGAAUUUUGCAGUCUGGACAGAGGAGGAAGAAGACUGGUUAACGGUGAGGGGUAACGGCGGUUCGACUGUUGCAGAUUCCGUUACUAUUAUCAGCGUUGACGAUGACGUCGUUGUAACGUCAGAUUUGACGGAAGAUGCACUGAUUAUAGACGCGAGGGAUAACAUUGCGUUUCCAUUGCAAAUUACAAAUGUAAAAUGUAACUCUGUAUUUGGAAUUGCAAUUAUUAAUUCAAUGAUAAUUUUAUCAGUAUAUAAUUAUAAAUUUUUCAUUGCACGGAUUUUACUUUUUUAUUGAUUUUUAAAUAUAUAUUUAAUUUAAUAAAAUUAAAGAAGACUGCGUAAACAGGUUAGAUACAGACGGCGUUGAAGAACCGGUCCGAGUUGACUCAUUGACUCAGUAGCGAGACGAUGAAGACCGGAGUUGUGUGACUCGGUAAAGCAUUGAAUGACUCGGGUUUUUGUGGGACCGGUUAGUAUAGAGUCAAUUAAAUUAAACCGGGCCGCCGCGUUCAGACAGUGAGAAGUGGUCUAUU